AUGCAAGCUGCAAAGAUGUCGCCUCAGCACAACGCACUCCCCCAGGGCGUACAGAUCCACGGCAAGGUCGAAGGUCGCCACCAAGAGAUCCUCACCCCCGCGGCCCUGCAAUUCCUCGCCGUCCUGCACCGCAACUUCAACCCGACUCGCAAGUCGCUCCUCCACCGCCGCCAGCUCCAGCAGGCCCAGUUCGAUGCAGGCGCCCUUCCCGACUUCCUCAAGGAGACCGAGCACAUCCGCAAUGACCCGACGUGGCAGGGACCUGCGCCCAAGCCCGGCCUCGAGGACAGGCGCGUCGAGAUCACCGGUCCCGUCUCGAGGAAGAUGGUCAUCGGCGCCCUGAACUCGGGCGCCGCGACCUUCAUGGCCGACUUUGAGGACUCGAACUCGCCCACGUGGGCCAACAACCUCGAUGGACAGGUCAACCUCUACGACGCAGUCAGGCGCACGAUCUCGUUCGAGUCGCCCGAGGGCAAGAAGUACAAGCUUAACGACAAGAUUGCGACGCUCAUCGUCCGCGCCCGCGGAUGGCACCUCGACGAGCCGCACAUCACGGUCGACGGCCAGCCCAUGUCGGGCUCGAUGUUCGACUUUGGCCUCUUCUUCUUCCACAACGCCAAGGAGCAGCUCGCCCGCGGCUUUGGCCCGUACUUCUACCUCCCCAAGAUGGAGCACUACCUCGAGGCGCGCCUCUGGAACGACAUCUUCCGCCUCUCGCAGGACUACGUCGGGCUCCCUCGCGGCACGAUCCGCGCGACCGUCCUCAUCGAGACUAUCACGGCGUCGUUCCAGAUGGACGAGAUCAUCUACGAGUUGCGCGAGCACUCGUCGGGUUUGAACUGCGACAUCUUCUCGUUCAUCAAGAAGAUGCGCAUGCACCCGGACUUUGUCCUCCCCGACCGCUCGCACGUGACGAUGACAGUCCCGUUCAUGUCGUCCUACGUCAAGCUUCUCAUCCAAACCUGCCACAAGCGCGGAGUCGCCGCGAUCGGUGGGAUGGCCGCGCAGAUCCCGAUCAAGAACGACGAGGCCAAGAACAAUGCGGUCAUGGACAAGGUCCGCGCCGACAAGCAGCGUGAGUGUGAUGCCGGACACGAUGGGACCUGGGUUGCACACCCUGGAUUGGUCAAGAUCGCCAAGGACAUCUUUGACAAGGGCAUGGUUGGCCCGAACCAGUACCACAUCCGCCGCGAGGACGUCACGGUCACCGCUCUCGACCUGCUCAACACGAACGUCCCGGGCGGCAUCUCGGAGGACGGCAUCCGCUCGAACUGCAUGGCGCUGCUGCACUACUGCGCCAACUGGGUCGGCGGACUCGGCUGCGUCCCCGUCGCGAACUUGAUGGAAGACGCCGCGACGGCCGAGAUCUCCCGCGCGCAGUUGUGGCACUGGGUCAAGCAUGGCGCGUGGACGGUCGACGGCAAGAAGAUCACCACGGGCCUGGUCGACAAGAUCCUUGACGAGGAGACGCAGAAGGCCAAGAAGGGCCUCGAUGCCAAGAAGGUCGACCUCUGCGCGAGGUACCUCAAGAGCCAGAUUCGCGCCCCCGCCCUCUCCGACUUCCUCACCACCGACUUGACCCCCCACCUCGACGAGUACUCGGCCCCGUCGCAGCCCGCCAAGCUGUAA